AUGGCUAAUGCACGAACAUUAAGGGAGUUGGCUGCUCCUGAUUUAAAUCAGCAGCCGCUAUGCAUUACCUUCCCCACCUUAAAUGAUAACACUCCAUUUGAACUAAAAUCUGGACUGAUUCAUCUUUUACUCUCUUUUCAUGGUUUAUCAGGUGAAGAGCCGUAUAAGUAUCUGCAGGAGUUUGAUGUUGUGUGCAAUAGUAUGAAGCCCCCGGAAAUCACAGAAGAACAAAUAAAAAUGAGGGCAUUCCCCUUUUCCUUGAAGGAUUCUGCAAAGGACUGGCUGUACUACCUGCCACCAGAUAGCAUCACCACGUGGGAUCAAUUAAAGAAAAAAUUUUUGGAUAAAUAUUUUCCUGCGUCCAGGGCUGCAAGUCUAAGGAAAGAAAUUUGCGGGAUCAAGCAGCACCCAGGGAAGUCACUCUAUGAGUAUUGGGUGCGGUUCAAGAAGUUGUGCAACAAAUGCCCCCAGCACCAAAUAAGUGAGCAGUUGCUCAUACAGUAUUUUUAUGAGGGGCUCCUUUUCAGAGACAGGAGCAUAAUUGAUAUUGCAAGUGGAGGAGCACUGGUGAACAAAACCCCUCGGGAAGCAAGGGAGUUAAUAGAGGGGAUGGCAGAGAAUUCACAACAAUUCGGUACGAGAGAAGAUGUCCUAAUACGCAAGGUGAAUGAGGUAGAGACAUUCUCUAUCCAGCAGCAGCUAACUGAGUUGACCUCGUUUGUUAGGCAACUGGCUGUAGGAAAUGCAUCUCAGGCCAAGGUGUCCAGGGUUUGCACUGGUAUGGGUCACUCUGCAAACAUGUGCCCAAUGAUUCAGGAAGAAACUACAGAACAUGUGAACAUGGCAGGUCACGUGCCCACGCCAAGAAGGCCCUAUGACCUCUAUUCAAGUACCUACAACCCUGGUUGGAGGGACCACCCUAACCUCAGCUAUGGAGGGAACAAGCAGUCCAACUUCAUGCCGAAUAGACAACAAGGGUACCAGCAGCAGUACCAACCCCGACCACCUCCGCCCCCAAGCUCUGGUCCAUCGUUGGAGGAAAUGAUGAAACAACUAAUGGCAACCAUUACGCAAAAUCAGCAAAGGACGGAUUUCGAAAUGCAGGACAUAAGAAAUCAGAUGAGUCAAAUGGUCACAAAAAUCAACCGUUUGGAGUCCCAAGUAAAUGGAAGAUUGCCAUCCCAACCUGAACUGAACCUGAAGAACGUAAGUGCAAUGACUUUAAGGAGCGGGAAGGAAAUUCAAGGGUCCGAACUCGUGACUCCAAAGGAUAAGGACGAAGAGAAGAUUGAGAAAGAACUUCAGGCAGAGAAUACAAGUACCAAAAAUCCAGUGGUACCCCCUGACCCUAUCAUAGACGUUAAAACUAAUCCCCCUCCAUUUCCUUGCAGGUUGGAGAAAUCGAAAAAACAGGACAAAGAGAAGGAGAUCCUAGAGGUGUUCCGCAAGGUAGAGAUCAAUAUCCCCUUAUUAGAUGCCAUCAAACAAGUGCCGAAAUAUGCAAAUUUUUUUAGGGACCUAUGUGUCAACCGAAAGCGGCUGAGAGGAGACGAAAGGAUCAUUGUUGGGGAGAAUGUGUCAGCAGUUCUCCAAAGGAAGCUUCCACCAAAGUGCGGGGAUCCAGGUAGGUUUACUGUCCCAUGUAAUACUCUAAUUAGGAAUACCCUGCUGGACUUAGGAGCAUCGAUCAACGUAAUGCAUAAAUCUAUGUAUGCUUCUCUGAACCUCGGUCCAUUAAAAGAAAUCGAGAUAAUAAUUCAAUUAGCUGACCGAACAAAUGCAUACCCUAAUGGGUUGAUAGAGGAUGUGCUGGUUAAAGUUAAUGAUUUGAUAUUUCCGGCUGACUUUUAUGUACUUGACAUGGAUGAUUAUCAUUCCCCUGACCCCUAA